AUGCCUCGAUACUCUUUCGAGUCUGAAGGCGACGAAAGGGAGGCCUUCAACGCCAGCUCUUCCACCGAUCAACCUACACUGCAUCAGCAGCAGACACAGCCCACAAUGUCCCAAUACCCUCCAGCCGCCGGCUCGAGGCGCUACGAGCAACCUCGCUACGAAGACUCGCCCAGUCGACAGGCCAUGCCCGGCGCACACCCAGACUCCGCCUUUGCCCAGAUGCGCGCAAACAGGAGGUCGAGCCGGGAGGGCAUGCCACCACCAAACUCGAGUCGAACACCCUACAUGGCCGCCGGCUCUGCCGCAGGCUUCGGAGCUGGAGCUGGUGCAGCAUCAAUGCAGCCAGUGUCGCCGCAAAGUUAUACUCAAUCACCUGUAACCCCACAAGCUCAAGGCCAAUGGAGGCCUGACCCAGACUACUAUGCUCCCCCACAGAGCAACAUCACCCCAGGUGCGGACAACUUUAGUGAGGCGGCGGCCGGGGGAGUCGCGGGCAUUGCUUACGGUGUAGCAGAACAAAACCCAAGAGAGAGUGGUCUCGACGCCAUGAGAGGCCCCAACUACCCCCAACAAACCUACCAAGCACAAGACCCAUACGGAUACGGACGAGGAAACAACGAUUACGGGAUGCAUGACCCCCAAGCUAGUCUGCGGCCAGGCGCAGCAGCAUACACUGGCGACAAUGCUGGUGACCGUGCCUCACAUUCCAGCUUGCAAGGCCUCAACGCCGCCGCAGUGCCAAUGGCUCAGUCUUCCCCCGGUUACAGGUCGAGAAGUCCAGGCUACGGCCCAGGACCCUACCGCGACGACCCGUACCAAGGCUACUCAGUACACAGCCACGCCAACUUGGGCACCGUCGACCCCAACGAGAUCCUCGACGACGGCGACGACGGGCUCGAUUAUAACCAGAGGGGGGCUCGGCAUAGCAUGCUGAGCCUCGGUCAUUCGAGCGGCAAAAGCGGUCACAACGGGACUGGAGCAGCAGCAGCAGGGGGUGCGGCUGCCGGCGCUGGCGUGAUGGGCGCCAUCGGCGGCCUCGUUGGCAAGAACGGAGCCAGUCGAGAUGGCAACGGCCACUACGACGCCGUUCAGGGCAACACGGGAUACCAGGGUGCCGGUGGCAGCGCGUAUGACCUCGGCACACACGGCGCUGAAAAGUCUGCAUGGCUUGAGAAACAGGGUUCAAGUUCCAAGAAAUGGAAGUUGCUGAUCAUCGGUGGCGUUCUCUUGCUGGUCGCCGUUGCCGUCGCACUGGGCGUCUACUUCGGUGUCGUCAAGAACAAGGGCUCGGGUGGUGCUGCCGCUGGCAAGUCGGCUGCGGACGACACGGCUGACAAUGGAGACCUCAACAUCAACAGCUCCGAGAUCAAGAAGCUCAUGAACAACGCGAAUCUGCACAAGGUCUUCCCUGGCAUCGACUACACGCCGAUCAACACGCAAUACCCCGACUGCAUCCACAACCCCCCUUCGCAGAACAACAUCACCCGGGACCUGGCCGUGCUGUCUCAGCUGACUAACACCGUCCGACUGUACGGGACAGACUGCAACCAGACGCAGAUGCUUAUCCAUGCCGUCAACCAACUCGAGCUCAAGGACACGGUCAAGAUCUGGAUGGGUGUAUGGCAGGACGGCAACACCACCACCAAUGAGCGGCAGCUCAGCCAAAUGUGGGACAUCCUUGACGAGUUCGGGGACAGCUACUUCAAGGGCCUUAUCGUCGCCAACGAGAUCCUCUUCCGCGAGCAGAUGACGGCCUCGGAGCUGGGCUCGCUGCUCUCGGAGGUGCGCACCAAUUUGACCAACAGGCAGCUGUCGUUGCCGGUGGCGACCUCCGACCUGGGCGACGACUGGACUUCGGAGCUGGCGCAGAUGAGCGACUACAUCAUGUCCAACAUCCACCCCUUCUUCGCGGGUGUCAACGCCAAGGACGCGGCAUCAUGGACGUACUCGUUCUGGUCAAACCAGAACGGCGGCUUCUGGAAGUCCGACAUAAGCAAGAACAUCAUCGCCGAGACCGGCUGGCCGUCGCAGGGUGGCACCGACUGCGGCACCACCGAGGUCACUGACUGCCCCAACGCUUCGGUUGCCGGAAUCGACGAGAUGAACACGUUCAUGGACAACUGGGUCUGCCAGGCCCUCACCAACGGCACCAACUAUUUCUGGUUCGAGAGCUUCGACGAGCCCUGGAAGAUUAUGUACAACUCGGGCAGCCAGAACUGGGAGGACCACUGGGGCCUCAUGGACGUCAACAGGAACCUGAAGGAUGGAGUCAAGAUCCCCGACUGCGGGGGGAAGACGGUUGAUUGA